AUGAAGAGUACGGCGACGACCCUCUUCCCAUGGAUCCAGUGUAUAAAAUGGGUACAAGAGGCGUUUCCACCAGGUGGAGAGUGUUCGGGGCUGUUAUACAGAGAGAGAGAGAGAGAGCAUAUUUCGCCGGCGAUGGCAGCGGUGGAAUCCUUAGCGAGGGAGAUGGACACGGCUGAUAAGCUUCGUCUUCCUUCCUCCACUAACGGUAGCCACGUUAAGUCCAAGGAUGAUGAUUCCCCUGUCACUGGCGCAGCGAUAGUAAGCUGGGUUCUAGCUGAGAUUUUUGGUACUCAGAACCUUUCCACCGACGCUGAAGAGGACACUGAGUCCCUCUUCAAGUCAGAGUCAUUAUCUCUUUUAGGUGCUGUUUCCAACACUGUUAAUGAAGCCUUGUCUGAAGCUCACAAAUACGGUCUUCCCAAGCCAGACAAACCCUUGCAAUCUACUGAAAUUCUAAAUGCUAUUGGUCGAUGCAAUCUGUCGGAAGUUCCAACGGAAGACACUGGGUUCAGAACCCCGUCGAUGGGACGUUAG